AGUAGCUGCAGCAGAAGCCGAGAGAGUCAGGGAAAAAGCGAAGGAAGUGGGGCGACCCUGAGGGGUUCCGGUGAAGUCGGAGCCAUCAUGACUACCCUCCAAGCCAGGAAGGAUCCUCUCCCCCGGGGUGUAUCUCCCACCCCUAGCAAGAUUCCCGUACGCUCUCAGAGACGCCCGCCUCUCCCCACAGUCAAGUCCUGCGCCGUGGACCAGGAGAACCAAGAUCCAAGGAGAUUGGUGCAGAAGCUCAAUGUUCAACGCCCCCUCGUUGACUCAGCAGGCCCCAGGCUGAAAGCCACACAUCAAACAGAGAAAUCAGAGAGAUUGGUGGGGAGCACUCAGCUCCGGAACCCCUUAGAGGAGCUCAGACCUAGCCCUGGGGGACAUAAUGUGGAGCCUGGGCCCCCUCCCCAGACAGAGGCUCCAGGGGCCACAGAGUUUGUGGCUGACCCUGAGGCCCUGGCCACCAUCCUGUCAGGUGAGGGGGUGAAGAGCUGUUACCUGGGGCGCCAGCCCAGUCUGGCUCAGAGAGUACUGGUUCGAGGGAGCCAGGGAGGCACCAUCCGGAGGGGCCAGCCUCUUUUGGGGUCCCAGGGUGCCCGGGCCUCUGCAUAUUUGGCCCCCAAAACUCCCACCCACCGACUGGACCCUGCCAGGGCUUCCUGCUUCUCGAGGCUGGAGGGACCAGGACCACGCUGCCGGACCUUGUACCCCCAGAGGCUAGAGGCUCUGAUCCCACCUUCAGGACCUUCCUUUUACCCCUCCGCUCGCCCCAGUUUGCAGGAGCUAAGAAGAGAGACAAGUGGAAGCAUCCGGACUUCAGUGAGCCAGGCCUCAGGAUUGCUCCUGGAGACCCCAGUCCAGCCUGCUUCCUCUUUCCCUGAAGGAGAACAUGAAGUUGUCACUCACUCAGAUGAAGGAGGAGGGGGUCCCCUCGGUCUGGCCCAGCGGGUACCAUUAAGAGAAACCCGAGAGAUAACCUACACCAGGGACAGCCGUGACUCCCACCUGAUGCCGUCCCCUGGCCGUGUGGCGCCACCUUCCAUCGCCCGUCCAUCACCCUUUGGACGGGCUCAGCGUGUCCCCUCUCCUGGCCUCUCAGCUCCGACCUCGUAUUCAGUGUUGCGGCGUCUCGCCAUUCGCCCCAAAGUCCAGUACACACCCAUCUCAUCGGCCCCCAGAGUUCAGCGGGCCCAGUGGUUGAGUGGCCUGUCCCCUCAGUCUUGCCCUGAAGAGCCUGCCCUGCCCUGGGAGCAGAUUGCAGUUCGGUUAUUUGACCAGGAGAGUUGUAUAAGGUUGCAGGAGGGGCCUGGGAAACUAUCUAUGGCAACUCCCUAUGGACCCCACCCCAGUAGAACCCCCAACCUCCAGGAGCUAAAGAUGCAGCGCAUCGGUAUCCUGCAGCAGCUUUUGCAACAGGAGGUAGAGGGGCUGGCAGGGGGCAAGGUUGCCCCCAUUAAUGGAGGCUCCUCUCUGGAUAUGGUUGAACUUCAGCCCCUGCUGGCUGAGAUUUCUAGAACUCUGAAUGCCCCAGAGCAUAAUUCUGGGACUUUCCACCUUCCUGGACUCUCACAGCACUCUGGGCUGCCGAAGCCCUGCCUUCCAGAGGAGGGUGAGGAACCACAGCCCUGCCCUGGAGCAGAGCCUGAGGUAGCUCAGCCCUGUCCUCCAGCAGAGCCAGGGCCCCCAGAGUCCUGCCAUAGGAGGGGGCCUGAGAUACCAGAGCCCUCUGCCCAGGAACAGCCUGAGGUAUCAGAGCCCUGCCCUCCAGUAGAGCCUGGACCCCUUCAGGCCUGCCCCCAGAGGCAGACUGGACUCCCAGAGCCCUCCCCUAGGGUAGAGCCUGGGGCAUCAGAGGCCUGCUCCCUGGAACCUAGAAAUCCAAAGCCCAGCCCACAGCCCUGCUGCCGUCAGGGGGCUCCAGAGACCACCAGCCUGAUCUUCUCCUCCCAACGCCCACUUUGUGCCAGCCCCCCUAUCCGCUCACUCCAGUCUCUGAGGCCCCCAACAGGCCAGGCAGGCCCCAGCAGUUUGGCCCCUCGAACCCUGGCCCUGAGGCAGCGCCUCAAAGCAUGUCUGACCGCCAUCCACUGCUUCCAUGAGGCCCGCCUGGAUGAUGAGUGUGCCUUCUACACCAGCCGAGCCCAUUCCUCAGGUCCCACCCGGGUCUGCACCAACCCUGUGGCCACAUUACUGGAAUGGCAGGACGCCCUGUGUUUUAUCCCAGUCAGUUCUGCUGCCCCUCAGGACUCUCCAUCAUGAGGCAUCCGCCUCCACCCACUCCUGCUCUGCCUUGCUCCUUCCUUUUAGCCCUUAUUUAUUGUCGGUCUACCCCACGGGACUGGGAGCAGACACCCUUUUGUCCUUCAAUAAAGUUUCUGAAGUGUCCAAAUGUCUGUUUCCUUCUGGUCCGAUCUAGGCCAGCUACUGCUGUCACUCUCCGAUUGCCCACUUGGUGGCAGUGUCCUCCAGCUUAGUAGCCAGCCCUGGGCUCUCAGGAUGCCCCAGGCCCCCUCACCUAGGAGCUGUCCUGAAGGGAGGAAGUCAUCCCGCUCAGCAAGCUCUAGGAGUGUGUUGAAGGGCAAAUAUGGGCCUUUGGGGACCUCCUCUUCUCCUUGCUCCUUGAGAUCAGUGCCACUUCCAGGAGCCAUCAGCUAUUCCCUCAUCCCCUAGAGCUCCUUUUCUAAGAACUCUCCCUAUAUCAGGUGGAAAGCAAAAGCACCAGACCCGUAUCUUUGGAAUCCUCCCUUGUUACUAUCACUCUGGUUGGUGUUUCCCUAUAGUGUAAGGCCCCAAAGCUCUCCUGAGGCUGAUACCCCUCCCUUUCCAUAUCAGGGUAGAAGCCCUGAGCUACUCUUCCAGGCAGGCCUUGGCAGAGAGUGAUGGUGAGGUGGGAGUCCUUGAGACUCCCUUGAGAGUCCUUGAGAAAAGGGGUCAGCCACUUUUCCCCAUGCUGUGCACCAAGUUAAGAGGCACACACAUUCUCCAACUUCACUUUAUUGGAAGAGGCAACAGCAGCUGUAGCCCCAGGGCCUAACCCGAAUGGGGGUGAAAUGGGGACUGUACAGAAUGAGUUUUAAAUACUAGGAAAGAAUUCAAUGGUUCCUCCAGUUCACAGGAAGGCUGCCAAGGCCGAAGCCUGGAGCCUGAAAAUAGAGAUGAGGGGAGGAGGGGAUGGCAAGAGAAAGUUGUCAUGACAGGACCAGCGCCUACCCCACCCUAACGUCUCCUCUCCUCGUGCCUAGAUGGGCUGCUUCUGUUUCUGUUCUCUACUUCCCAUGAUGCCAGGGCUUCCCUCCUGCUUUCAGUGGCUCUGAGCUCUAGCUAGUGAAACUGUUCCCCAGCUCCCGGCAGAAGAGAGCUACGAGCCCCGCCUUUCUACUACCAGGCUUUCACAGGCCGGCACAGGGAUGCCGUUGGUCCCUUCCCAAGCCACUCUGCUCCUCCUCCGGCCCGGCCUCCUCGACUCUCCAGCUGCUUAUACCCCAGAACACCAAGAGUCCACCCAUUAAGGCCGUCUCUGGGAGUGAGAGGGUCCGCCCCACCGCCAGGCUCUCAAAGGAUGGGGUGGCGCCUUGGGUGGGGCGG